AUGCGACUAAAGAUCAUAACUAUUACAGUUGAACGUCUAUCUGAUGGAAGUCGAAUGACAUUUACUAUACAAUCCGACGAUACAAUUAAACAUUUGAGAAAUUUAUUAAAUUAUCAUUUACCGCCAAAAAAAAAUGAUACAUUUAAAUUAUAUUCAUAUCAACGUGGUGCAAUUAUUAAUUUUCAUCCCUCACAUUUUACAUUAGACUAUUUUCCAGUUAUAUUCGAUCAAAAAAUUUUAUUAUUAAAAAUGGAUGAUACAAUAGAACAACGACAUACAACGAAUAAAACUAAACCAUUAUUAUCUUAUUUAAAAAGAACCAAGUCAACAUCUUCUAGUAUUUCUACUACAGAUACAAAAAAGUUAAACUGUUUAACUAAUGUCUUUCAACUAUUUCGUUGGCAUGACUGA